AUGAUCUCCGGUGCUAGCGCGGAAAGUGGAGAAGAGUUUACGAAUAAUCUCUUCAGUGAUCUUGCACCUAUCCUCUCGCUCUUUGGCGAGCAGGUUGCGAAGCAAUUUCUCAGUGAAUCUACUGGCUGGGCAGACAACAUCCUUUUCACAAUGGCCCCUUUAGGUAUUAUUACUGCCAUUGGACGUCGGGGAGAUCAAGCAGUUGUGCGAGUUGUUGGUGAACCAACGGUUUUUCAGUUCAUUUAUAAGUCAGGUGCUGCUGCAGAUGACCCACAAUCGAGGGGGAUCUACACCUUGGAGAAAGGAAACCCCUUAUUUAAGCUUGUUCACAAAACAAAUAUACCCGGCUCUCACGACGAAUUGCAGCCGCUCUCUAAUAACGGCAGUACUUCCGUAUCGGGUCCCAACGCAUUGCUGUCUCCUGAUCAUUACUGGGACGAGUAUUACGGUGACGAAGACCAUUCCCGAAACCAAUCUCACCCGAACGAGUCUCUUCCAUUACAAGAUAUCCAAAUCCCACCGAAUAUUUCACUCAAUGCCAGGGGAAUACCGGUGUCAGAUAAGGAGAAAUGGAUCUACGCAAGCCUCGGUAUCUUAGUCCAAUUAGUAGUUCUAGUCUACGAGGCAGCGAUCACAUACUAUCCGCCGUUGAACUCCAAGCCCAGAUUUCUCAAGGAUGGAGAAAGCGCCUCCCGCGAGGCCUUCCCUUGCACGGCCGUUGGAACCAUUGCGCUCAACCUAGGAAUGUUGAUAUGUGCACAUAUUAUUGAUCGUUCAUCAAUCGAGGGGCAUUGGAAAAUUAAGGAUGAUAAGGAUGAUAAGAACUGUAAGAUAGCAUGGAUCCAGAAAGGAGGAACGGUGAAUGAUCAGGUUUUUGAACCAUAUAUCAUUCAUGGGCACGAGGGACAAAAACAAAUCAUCACCUCACGUCGCUACGAUAUUAAACCUCCAAUGUCUUUGCAGUACCUCGUUCUAGCAGCUACAACAAUUAGCGUUAUUGGAUUCUUCUUCCAAUUUCUUGGCCUGCGCGGUAUGACUUGGUCAGCAAGUAUUGCACAGCUGGCAGCCACCUUAGUAAUGACGUUUAUUCGGUCGGUAAUCCGUAGGCGAUUAACAACGGAGCCUAAGGCGGAACCGGUAAUUAAGGAGUUUGAAGUUGAAUAUAUACCAGAGGAUGGCCCUGAACUACCGGAGGACGGCCCUGCACUGGAGGUUGGCCUUGCUCAAGAUCAUCCGCCGAAACCCGCUUCGAAGCCUCAUAAGAUGUUACAGAUAUGUGUGCGACUAUCAGUACUCUCCCGUUGGCAAAUCCAAGGCGCUAGUAUUUCCCACUCUCUAUGCGACUCUAUCGAGAGCGAAACUGCUAGAAUUCUCAUGGAGGGUGAUGACUUGUGCGGUUGUAAAAGGAAAAAAAAACAUUACGAAAAUUUGACUUUUAAGCUCCAAAGAGAGGAUGAGUUUGAUAAAUGGAGGAUGGGAGAUGGUACAAAGGCCGAGAUCAUGCAUGCCCUGUCCCUGUGGAUGCUGCAUGAUAAAGAGAAACAAGAUAUCUUCCUCCAUCGACGACGAGCUUUAAGCAAUGUCAAUUCAGAGGAAGUCGAGGCGGAUAAUGCAAACCGAAGCGAUCGUAUUGUCAAAGUUAUAUGCGCAUUCAGUCAGGUUGGCCAUGAAUGGGUAAACCUUUGGAUAGGGACAAGACUAGAAUUUCUUUUAGUUGUCAUUCCGCACUUAGAAUGCAAUAAUCUUCUUCGGGGAUCUCACAAGGAUCUCGGAUUGACAACCCAGCUCGCAGCCAUUGACUUUCGUCGUAAAUUCCGAUUAAGAGGGAAAUGGCGCAAACUUGCCCUGAGUCUACAAGCGUUGCCUCCAGGUAUCGACACCUCACAGAAUGAGCUUUUAGAUAUCAGGAGAUGCCUCCUUACCCAGGUGUGUGGGUUCAUCAAGGAGAGUUACACUUCAUGGGAACCUAUCGGACAAUGUUAUCAGAAGCAACAGCUGAUGACAUUUCUAAUCGAAAUGAACAACCUUGGACAGAAGGGUGGAGCAGAUGAAGAAAUCGAGGUCAAUGAAUCGAUCCGCGAGAUCAUUGAGAUUAAGCUACCGGAAAGAUCGGAGGUGGAUGCUUUGAGGAAGGCUUUGGACACUGUUCUAGACGAGAUCGAUGAUUGGAAAAGCCUUUUGAAGGAAGCCUCAUGCAAAGGAUACAGCUCAGUAGUAGAGACCCUGAUUGACCGGGUUAGACAAUUCCUCUAUCAGCAUAUGCAGCACGAAUCAAAGAGCUACAGCAGAUUUCAAAUUGAGCACCUACCACUCUCACUCCUAAAUGCUGCAUAUAACGGACACGCCUCUACCGUCGAUCUUCUCAUCCGGGAACUCGCUCUUAUAGAUCAACCCUACUUUCGGGACGUUACUCUAAUUCUUGCCGCUGGCAGGGGCCAUCAAGACCUAGUCACUGCACUUCUCGAGCAUGGAGCUGAUGCCAACCGGAGGUCCAUCACGCAGGUCUACACCUAUGGGUGGAAGUACUUGGUUAACUGUGGCGGGUCUUUGGAGUUAAAAACACUAGGGUUCGAGAACGAUAAUGAUAGUUUAGCUACAAGUGAGCUGAAAUUGAAUAAAGCACUUCAACGACUGGAAGACGGUAUCAGAAGUGAUAAUAAGACGAACACCACUCCAGGCAGCUGCAGAAGGGGGGUCACCUGGAGAUUUGUAAUUGACCUAAAGACAAAAGGUGCCGACAUCGGGACCAAGGCGUCAGGACGACAUGAAAUUUGGAGGGCCUACGCCGAUGCUGAGCCAUUUUGGUUUGGCGGAAGAUCGGCACUCCAAGCGUCAGCGGAACAAGGUGACCAAAAGCUGGUUGAUCUCCUUCUAGAGCGAGGGGCCGAUCUCGAGAAAGACAUACCAGCAAGAUAUUUUGGGCGAACGGUACUGCAGGCGGCGACCGAAAAGGGGCACCAGCGUCUUGUCGAAUAUCUAUUGACCGUAGGGAACGGCAUAUGUAAUGAUAUGAGCAAAGAGCAACACACACUAUGUUUGGGAGGACGAACGGCUUUGCAAAUUGCUGCUUCCAAUGGUGAUUUAGUACUUGUAGACCUCUUUCUGGGGGCAGGGGCCGGUAUCGGGGAGAGGCAAGCUAAACUCGCGGGAAGGACUGCAUUACAGGCUGCAGCGGGAAAUGGACAUAUCGGUAUCGUGGGGAGAUUAGUGGGGUACGAUAAAUCCAUGAUUGAUGCCGGCCCUUCAGAAAGUUAUGGACGAACCGCUUUGCAGGCCGCUGCUGAAGGUGGUCAUUUUGAUGUGGUGGAUUUUCUAUUGAAAGAGGGAGUAACGAACCCUUUCUCUCCCGGCUCCAAGUAUUACGGACGGACCGUACUGCAAGCAGCGGCGGGAGGUGGUAAUCUUACGAUUCUAAAUAUGCUACUUGGGCUGCUCGAUUUGGGCGACGUCGACCGCGUUGACGACGAGAUCAUGGGUAAUGUGGCAUUCCACGGCGGAAGAAAUGCGAUACAAGCGGGGGCAGAAGGAGGGCAUCUAGAGAUUGUGAGUCGGUUGUUGAAAUUGUUAGAGGGGAGAGGGACCCCUCGACAUAGGUCUAAGGGGUCGCCGGCACUGAUUGAUGGGGUUUCGGCACUAGAGGCUGCAGCCGCUAUCGGUCAUGAGGACUUGUGUAAGCUCCUGCUCGGCGGCGCUGAGGAUUCUGAUGAUAUCGGGGUCCGAGCUCGAGACCUAUGCAAAUCUAGAUCUUACUACUGCAUUACAGACCGCGGCCAAGAGAGGACGUCUAUCAAUGUUCGAGAGCUUAAGAUUGAAGGGGGGGGUUCCUAUAUCGACCGUCGCGUCGCUAUAGAAACCUUGAGGGCGGCAGCGGGUGGCGGCCGUCUUGAUAUACUAAAAUAUCUCGUGGAAAAGUUGGAAAAGCGCGCGGGAAUGGUGGACGCUGCACUGGAAGCUGCACUUGAAGCUGCACUGGAAGCUGCACUGGAAGCUGCACUGGAAGCUGCACUGGAAGCUGCACUGGAAGCUGCACUGGAAGCUGCACUGGAAGCUGCACUGGAAGCUGCACUGGAAGCUGCACUGGAAGCUGCACUGGGAGCUGCACUGGAAGCUGCACUGGAAGCUGCACUGGAAGCUGCACUGGAAGCUGCAGCCAGAAUAGGUCAUCUUGCUGCUGUGGAUUACCUACUCCAACACGGAGUCGACGUCAAUUCGCUCGUCAAUCCUGAAGCUAGUACGGUCAACGCAACCCCGCCGGCAUCUGCUCUCCACGAGGCUGCUAGAAAUGGCUAUCUCGACAUUGUGGAUUAUCUCUUGAGGAAUGGUGCUAAGGUCAAUGCGGAUGCGCCGCCUUACGACAUGGUGCCGCACCCGAUCGAGAGGAUCAUGGCGGGCCACUUUUUAGUUGUGAGACGGCUACUUCAAGCGGGCGCUGCCGUCGACAGAUACAAGCAUGCUCAGAGACCACUUGUAUUUGCGUGCGAGCGCGGGCAUUGGCUAGCAGCAAAAGAAUUACUUGAGAGUGGGGCGCGCGUGGAUGAGGUUGCCCUCGAGGCUGCAAAGAAAGAUAGUCUUCGUAUGGUGCAAUUAUUGAAAUCGUACAAUAGACAUCAGGGCUCGACAGAUGUGGAAGACAAGGGACCGACAAGGGACCGACAGAUGUGGAAGCCAAGGGCUUGA